UGAUCUCCCUUGACAACAGCGACGACUACUUCCGUAUCCGGUUUUCUAUAUCAUGUGAAUGGUCACGUGAUCAUUACUCUCCAAAAUGUCUUCGACUCGAUUCUUCCGCUCUUCAGCUUUUCUGCUGUUUCUGAUCAGCAACAGUGCUGUUGUUGUUAUUGGUGAUUUACUUCAUAUAGCACAUGCCCCAAACUAUGUUACCUUUUUUGAAAGACCUACCAAAAGUUUGUCAACCAGCAAUAUUCCCAAGAUGAUUUCUCAUUCCUUUGGACUUUCUUCUUCCCCAAUGGAGUGGGAUGGCAUGUUACAAGGAUCACUUUUCAAGAAACCAAAAGCUAAUGUGAUGAUGACAUUGUUAGGCUACGAUGGAAUUGAGCAAUCACCAGUAAUGCCAAAAGCAGUUGCUAAAUACACUGUUCAGAAUGAUGUUCCAUUUGUUGAUUUCAAUCAAGUUGUGGAUUCUCUCCUGAAGAAUUCAUUUGAUAUGGACCCUUUAACAGUUCAACUUAUGAGUGACACCCAGACAGUGGAUGUGCGGUCAGAUCAUGAUGCUUUUAAGAAUAUGUUGUUUACGCCAUCAAAACUCUUUGACCGUUUGUUUGAAACAGAUUCUGUCAUGAGUCAGUUUGAUAUUGGUACUGUGAAUAUAAGUCACAGCUCUGAUGCAACAUUAUUAGCUGAGCUUCAGAUGAUUUUGGACAUUAUGAAGAAGUUAAAAGAUAAUCCAACUUACAUAAGAAGCAAAACUCCAGACUUUUUCUCAUUUCCCAUGACUGGGUUGCAGAGAAUGGCUGAACAACAUGGCAAAGAUUCUCCAAAGCUUCUCUCUGCUACUAAACUUCUCAAUCAAUUUGUUGACAAGAUGACCUCUGACUUCCGCAACCUCUACGAUGACGGUGUCAUUGUUGAGGUCCUCAUCACCCAACCCAUACAUGGAGAUCUACUGCACAAAACCAGAAGUUUGAUGGAGGUCACUGAGACGAAACGCAAUGGUACCUUAAACCUCGUUGGAAACUACUCUGACAAUUAUGCUUCCGUUUUCAACAUUAUUCUGUGGGGGAUGAUUGUGCUGAUGGUUGCUCUUUUUGUUAUAUCUUAUGGUAUUUGGAACAUGGAUCCAGGCCGUGACAGUGUUAUCUACAGAAUGACCAGCCAGCGAUUGAAAAAGGAAUAAUUCUAUCUUUGGUUUUUCUGCGUCGUAGAAAAUUAAUUGAAAUUUCUGAGUGAAAGUUUGUUUGCAGAGGCUUGAGACAUAUUUCAGUAUAGACAGCAGCUUAGGUUGUUAAAGCUGUCUUACUGAUGCGUGUGUGUGUGUAUAUAUAUAUAUACAUAUAUACACACACACACACACACAUGUAUAUGCAUACAUACACACAUCAUAAUGAAAUGAUGAUAUAUAUAUAUAUAUAUGUGUGUGUGUGUAUGUAUAUAUAUAUGCAUACAUACACAUGCAUAUAUAUAUAUAUAUAUAUAUAUAUACACAUACAUAUAUAUAUACACAUACAUAUAUAUAUAUAUUCAUAUAUAUAUAUAUAUAUAUAUAUAUAUAUUAAACCAUCAGUAAGAUUGUUACAGCUGUCUUACUGAUAUAUGUGUGUGUAUAUAUAUGUAUGUAUAAAACUAUUAGUGAGGUUGUUUUAAUUGUUUUACCUCUACAGCAAUUCUCUACAUACAUGUAUAAUAGAUCUUUGCUAGUUACUGUUGACCAAUAAAUCAGUUAAUGUUUUUUAGUUUUAAUUCACUGAUGGAUCAAAUUAACCAGAAGCUUUAUAUUUUUCUUGUUGCUAGUCAGGCUCUGCUGUACUUAACUCUCACAAAAUUCUCAACUUUACACUCCUCAAUCGUUUAAUUAUUUCAUAAGUUUUAUCAAAACUAGGAUUUUCUGUUUUCCUACCAAAAGUUUAAUCUCUUUUUGUUUUCAGCAGAUUCAUAGCAAUAUUUCAUUUUAAUCAUGUAUUUAUAUUUAAAUAUAUGAAAAUAAGUUUUUUGAGUGAGAAAUUAUUGUUGAGAUGUGGAGUAUUCUACAAACUUGUCAAGUUUGGAAUUAAUUUCUGAAGAUUUUUCAGUGAAUCUUGACUUUGGUUGCAGUAAUUUCUUGUGACACAAUUCCAUAUUUUUUUCUGUUUUAUUUCAAAUAUAAACUUUAGACUUUCAAAUAUAAACUUUAGACUUUCAAAUAGAACAAUCUUCUUGAUAAAUAUUGUGUUUGACUGGGUAUGUCUACAAUUUUAGGGGUAGAUUUAGGGGUACAUAGGUCUGAUCUUUCUGUUAGAAGAUCAGAUAUUUUCAAGUUUGACAUUCCACUGUAAAAACCAAUAAAUUGUUGGAUUGGGUCAUGUUUGUUAAAGCAUGAACACCCUCACAUCCACACAACAGCUGCCCUUUCUGAUAAACCAAUUCUAUUGUUCCAAUUCCACUUUGUUUUAUUGUGAUAUAUUUUGUUUAUUUUUUUUGUUUUUUCCAAAUAAAAUGUUAAUUUUA